AUAUUUACAAUAGUUUUAUUGGUCUGCGUUUGGUUAAGUAUUUAAAAUCUUAUUUUGAAUCAUCCUAAAAAAUUUGGCAUAUAAGCGAGAUAAAAUGAAAAUUAAGGAAAUUAUAGAUAUUUUUCAAAAUUCUAUAAGUUUUACUGAUGGUGAACAAAAAUUAUUAAUUGGUAAUAAUGAAAACGAAUUAAGUGGAGUAUUAAUUUCUUGUGGCGUUAAUGAUAAUGUUAUCGAAGAAGCUAUUACUAAAAGAUGUAAUUUGCUUAUAUGUUUUCAACCCUUUGUUAUAAAAACUUUAGAGAAGCUUACUGUUGAUAAUCUCACUGAACAACUUUUUAUAAAAGCAGUGAAAAGCGACUUAUCAGUUUAUUUUUUUUGUUCAGUGUUUCGUGACUUUAAAAAAAGUACUAAAAUUUUAUGUAAUAAGUUAAGUUUGCAGGACACAAAAGUAUUAUUACCAGUUCAUAAAUCCAUAAAAAAAUUAAUUACUUCAACGGUUCCAGAAAAUUUGAAGAAAUUACGAGAAGCUUUGUUUGAAGCAGGAGCUGGAAAAAUUGGUAACUACAGCAAUUGCAGUUUUAAUACACAAGGCAUUGGAACAUAUAUGGGUAACAAAUGCAGCAACCCAAAUAUUGGACAAAAGCUAGAAUUUAUUGAAGCACAAGAAACAAAAAUUGAGGUCUUUUUUGAUAAUUGCCUACAAAGUAAGGUCUUGCAAGCACUUUUCUCAAACCAUGUAUAUGAGGAAGUGGCCUAUGAAAUAUACAAUAUUGAAACUACCUUUCAAAAUGUUGGCUUUGGAUUGAUUGGACGGCUUGAAAAACCAUUGCCACUACAAGAAUUUUUAAUAUUUUUGAAACAAAGUAUGAAUUGCAAAAACAUUCGUCAUUCAACUUUUUGUAAAUAUAUCUCUACAGUAGCUUUUCUUUCUGGUUCGGGAACCUAUGCUAUUAAAAAUGCUAUAGAAGCAAAAGCAGAUGUUUUUAUAACUUCAGAUCUUAGUUACCAAGACUACUCUUAUGCUAAUGGUAAAAUAGUUUUAGUUGAUAUUGGUUAUUUUGAAAGCAAAGAGUUCGAGAAAAACUAUAUAUUUGAAUCUCUUUUGGAAAAUGUUUCUGAUUCUGUACAAAAAAUAAUUUUUUUGUCUGAAGCAGAAAUAAGUUUAGUUAGUUGCAUGUAACUACUUUAUGUGAAAGAAUUCUUCUGUCUAAAAGUAUUCUGUAAAAUAAUAAAAAUAAAAA